AUGGUAGACCUGGUUUUCAAUGGUUCAGAGAGUGUGCCUUCAAAUGCUGAAAUUACCAACACACUACUAACUGACCCAAAUAUUGUCAGUGCCCUGAACGUAACUUCUGCUUCUGUUGAAGUUAAUGGCACAGAGCCCUCCACAACAACAUUUGCUGAAACACCUACCACUACUGCAGCAGUAACAUCCAAAACAACACCUACUACAACAACAGAGCCGUACACAACAACUCUUGCUGAACCAUCCACCACUACUGCAGCAUUAACAUCUACUACAACAACAACAUCUACUACAACAACAGAGCCGUACACAACAACUCUUGCUGAACCAUCCACCACUACUGCAGCAUUAACAUCUACUACAACAACAAAACCCUCCACUUCAUUAUUCACAACUAAUGCCAAUAGAGCACCUGGAAAUGAAGUAUCAAUAACUCUUGUGUUUCGCUCUGAAGAUACAUUUAUAGAUGAACUCAGUGAUAAAACUUCUACUGCUUUCAAAGAAAGGGCUGCACGUGUUCAAAACCUUCUUAAAAAUGGUUACAAAUCCUACAAAUCUUUGCUAGAUGUUAUUGCUGUAGAAUUCAGGAAGGGGUCAACCUAUAAUAUAGUAGACCUGGUAUUCAAUGGUUCAGAGAGUGUGCCUUCAAAUGCUGAAAUUACCAACACACUACUUACUGACCCAAAUAUUGUCAGUGCCCUGAACGUAACUUCUGCUUCGGUUGAAGUUAAUGGCACAGAAACAACUGCUCAACCAACAACUGAAUACUCAACAGCCAAAGCAAGUCCUGCUGAUACAUUAAUCACUAUUGCAGAACUAACAUCUACUACAACAACAGAGCCCUCCACAACAACAGCUGAACCCACCACCACUGCUACAGAAAUAACAUCUACCACAACAACAGAGCCCUCCACAACAACUCCUCCUGAAACAUCAACCACUGCUGCAGACAUAAAAUCUACUACAACAACAGAGCCCUCCAAAACAACAGCUGAAACAUCCACCACUGCUGCAGCAAUAACAUCUUCUACGACAGAUGAGCCAUCCACAACUCAUGCUAAAACAUCAACCACUACUGUAGCUGUAACAACAACAGAACCCUCAACAACAACAGCUGAAACAUCCACCACUGCUGCAGAAAUAACACUUACUACAACAACAGAGCCCUCCACAACAACAGCUGAACCCACCACCACUGCUACAGAAAUAACAUCUUCUACAACAACAGAGCCCUCCACAACAACCCCUCCUGGAACAUCAACCACUAUUGCAACAGAACCAUCUACAACAACAGAGCCUUCGACAACAAUUCCUGCUGAAACAUCCACCCCUACUGCAGCAAUAACAACUACUUCAACAAUGACCCCCACAACAACUCCUCCUGAAACAUCCACGGCUACUGUAGCAAUAUCAACUAUGACAACAGAGCCAUCAACAACAACAGCUGAAACAUCCACCACUGCUGCAGCAAUAACAUCUUCUACGACAGAUGAGCCAUCCACAACUCAUGCUAAAACAUCAACCACUACUGUAGCUGUAACAACAACAGAACCCUCAACAACAACAGCUGAAACAUCCACCACUGCUGCAGAAGUGACAUCUACUACAACAACAGAGCCCUCAACAACUCUUGCUGGAACAUCUACAACAACAACAACAAUAACAUCUACUACAACAACAAAGCCUUCCACAACAACUCCUCCUGAAACAUCAAUGACUACUGUAGCAAUAACAUCUACUACCACAUCAGAACCAUCAACAACAACAGCUGAAACAUCCACCACGACUGCAGAAGUAACAUCUACUACAACAACAGAGCCCUCAACAACUCUUGCUGAAACAUCCACCAUUACUGCAGCUGUAACAUCUACUACAACAACAGAGCCCUCCACAACGACAAUUGCUGAAACACCUACCACUACUGCAGCAAUAACAUCUAAAACAACAUCUACUACAACAACAGAGCCAUACACAACAACUCUUGCUGAAACAUCUACCACUACUGGAGCAGUAACAUCUACUACAACAACAUCUACUACAACAACAGAGCUGUACACAACAACUCCUGCUGAACCAUCCACCACUACUGCAGUAUUAACAUUUACUACAACAACAAAACCCUCCACUUCAUUAUUCACAACUAAUGCCAAUAGAGCACCUGGAAAUGAAGUAUCAAUAACUCUUGUGUUUCGCUCUGAAGAUACAUUUAUAGAUGAACUCAGUGAUAAAACUUCUACUGCUUUCAAAGAAAGGGCUGCACGUGUUCAAAACCUUCUUAAAAAUGGUUACAAAUCCUACAAAUCCUUGCUAGAUGUUAUUGCUGUAGAAUUCAGGAAGGGGUCAACCUAUAAUAUAGUAGACCUGGUUUUCAAUGGUUCAGAGAGUGUGCCUUCAAAUGCUGAAAUUACCAACACAUUACUAACCGACCCAAAUAUUGUCAGUGCCCUGAACGUAACUUCUGCUUCUGUUGAAGUUAAUGGCACAGAAACAACUGCUCAAUCAAUAACGGAAUACUCAACAGCCAAAGCAAGUCCUGCUGAUACAUUAACCACUAUUGCAGAACUUACAUCUACUACAACAACAGAGCCCUCCACAACAACAACAACAACUGAAACAUCCACCACUGCUGCAAAAAUAACAUCUACUACAACAACAGAGCCCUCCACAACAACCCCUCCUGGAAUAUCAACCACUAUUGCAACAGAACCAUCUACAACAACAGAGCCUUCGACAACAACUCCUGCUGAAACAUCCACCACUACUGCAGCAGUAACAACUACUACAACAAUGACCUCCACAACAACUCCUCCUGAAACAUCCAUGACUACUGUAGCAAUAACAUCAACUACGACAACAGAGCCAUCAACAACAACAGCUGAAACAUUCACCACUGCUGCAGAAAUAACAUCUACUAGAACUACAGAGCCCUCCACAACAACUCCUACUGAAACAUCCACCACUACUGCUGCAAUAACAUCUUCUACGACAUAUGAGCCAUCCACAACUCAUGCUGAAACAUCAACCACUACUUUAGCAGUAACAACAACAGAACCCCCAACAACAACAGCUGAAACAUCCACCACUGCUGCAGAAAUUACAUCUACUACAACAACAGAGCUCUCCACAACAACUCCUCCUGAAACAUCAACCAAUAUUGCAACAGAAGCAUCUACAACAACUGAGCCAUUGACAACAACAGCGAAACCAUCCAACACUACCGCAGCAGUAACAUCAACUAUAACCGAGGCCUUCACAACAACCCCUCCUGAAUCAUCCACCACUGCUAUAGCAUUAACAUCUACAACAACAACAACAACAACAGAGACCUCCACAACAACAACUGAACCAUCCACCACUACGGUAGCAAUAACAACAACAACAGAGACCUCCACAACAACAACUGAACCAUCCACGACUACGGUAGCAAUAACAUCAACUACAACGGAGCCCUCCACAACAACAACUGAACCAUCCACCAUUAGAGCAGCAGUAACAUCAAGUACAACAGAGCCUUACACAACAACUCCUCCUGAAACAUCCACCACUGCUGCAGCAUUAACAUCCUCAACAGCAUUAACAACUACAACAGAGCCCUCCACAACGACUCCUGCUGAAACAUCUACUACUGCUGCAGAAGAAACAUCUACAACAAGAGAGUCCUCAACAACUACUCCUGCUGAAACAUCUACCACUACCACAGCAGUAACAUCUACUACAACAAGAGAGUCCUCAACAACUACUCCUGCUGAAACAUCUACCACUACGACAGCAGUAACAUCUACUACAACAAGAGAGUCCUCAACAACAACUUCUGCUGAAACAUCCACCGCUAUUGAGGCAGAAACAUCUACUAAUAGUGUUGCAGUAAAGUCUACUACAUCAACAGAUUCCUCCACAACAACUCCUGUUGAAACAUCAUCCACUACUGAAGCAGUAACAUCUACUAUGGCAACAGAGCCCUCAACAACAACUCUUGAAGAAACAUCCACCACUACAGUAGAAUCAAGAUCUACUAUUACAACAAAGCCACCAACAACUUCUACUGAAAUAUCUACUAUAAUAACAGAGCCCUCAACAACAACAACUGCUGAAACAUCCACCACUACUGCAGCAGAAACAUCUAUUACAACAAGAGAGUCCUCCACAACAACUGCUCAAACAUCCACCGCUACUGCAGCAGAAGCAUCUACAACAACAGAGCUGUCCACAACAACUUCUGUAGAAACAUCUACUACUAACAUUGCAAUAAAGUCUACUACAGCAACAGAAUCCUCCACAAGUCCUGCUGAAACAUCAACCACUACUGGAUCAGUAACAUUUACUAUGACAACAGAGCCCUCCACAAGAACUCUUAAAGAAACAUCCACCACUAAUGCAGAAGUAGAGUCAACAACAAACUUUGAAGAAACAUUCACUACUACAGUAGAUUUGACAUCUACUACUGUAACAGACCCAUCAACAACAACAACUUACACUGAAAUAUCCACCACUACUGCAGCUGUCACAUCUACUACAGCAGAGCCCUCCACAACAACCACUCCUGAAACAUCCACCGCUACGGCAGCAGUAACAUCUAUUACAACAGCAGAGUCCUCAACAACUCCUGCUUAUACAUUCACCACUACUUCAGAUGUAGCAUCUACUAUUACAACAGAGCCCACCACAACAACUAAUGCAGAAACAUCCACCACUACCACAGCAGUAACAUCUACUACAACAGAGUCCACCACAACAACUCCUGCUGAAACAGCCAUCACUACUGCAGCAGUAACAUCUACAACAACAGAGACAACAUCUCCCUCUACUACUGUAAAUACAGUAUCUGAAAAUGUAGUAGUAACAACACUGUUUUUUACCUCCCAAGAUACAUUUAUAGAUGACUUCAAUGAUAACAGUUCUCCCGCUUUCAAGAAAAGGGCUUCAUUUGUUGAAGGACUUUUUGUCAACAUUUUCAAACGGUUUGAUUCCUUCAUACGAGCCAUUGUCAAGAAAUUCAGGAAAGGAUCAGUCAAUACGGAAGUUGAUCUUCUUUUCAACAGUACAGAUGUUGUGCCAUCAAAUUCAGAAAUUGGAAAUACAAUAUUGAACAACACACAAUUUCUAAAUGACCUAAACGCAACUGCUAAUUCAGUUGACAUUAAUGGAACACAAAUAUCAUCAAUUACUGAGCCAACAACUGAAUACUCAACACCCACAACAACAUCAGCUCAAAUAUUCACCACUACUGCAGCAGCAACAUCUACAACAACAGAGCUCUCCACAACAACUCCUAUGGAAACGUUUACUAAUACCAUAGCAGUAACAUCUACUACACCAACAGAGUCCUCCACAACAACUCUAGAAGAAACAUCCACAACUGAAUACUCAACACCCACAACAAUGCCUGCUCAAACAUCCACCGUUACUGUAACAGAAACAUCUACAACAACAGAGCUCUCCACAACAAGUCCUGUGGAAACGUCUACUACUACCAUAGCAGUAACAUCUACUACAGCAACAGAAUCCUCCACAACAACUCCUGUUGAAACAUCAACCACUACUGAAACAGUAACAUCUACUAUGACAACUGGGUUCUCCACAACAACUCCUGUGGAAACGUCUACUACUACCAUAGCAGUAACAUCUACAACAGCAACAGAAUCCUCCACAACAACUCCUGCUGGAACAUCCACCACUACUUCAGUUGUAACAUCUACUACACCAACAGACUCCCCCAAAACAACUCUAGAAGAAACAUCCACAACUGAAUACUCAACACCCACAACAAUGCCUGCUCAAACAUCCACCACUACUGCAGCAGAAACAUCUACAACAACAGAGCCCUCCACAACAACUCCUGUGGAAACAUCUACUACUACCAUAGCAGUAACAUCUACUACACAAACAGAAUCCUCCACAACAACUCCUGCUGAAACAUCCACCACUACUGAAUCAGUAUCAUCUACUAUGACAACAGGGUCCUCCACAACAACUCCUGUGGAAACGUCUACUACUACCAUAGCAGUAACAUCUACUACAGCAAAAGAAUCCUCCACAACAACUCCUGCUGAAACAUCCACCACUACUUCAGUUGUAACAUCUAUUACACCAACAGAGUCCCCCACAACUACUCUAGAAGAAACAUCCACAACUGAAUACUCAACACCCACAACAAUGCCUGCUCAAACAUCCACCACUACUGCAGCAGAAACAUCUACAACAACAGAGCCCUCCACAACAACUCCUGUGGAAACAUCUACUACUACCAUAGCAGUAACAUCUACUACACAAACAGAAUCCUCCACAACAACUCCUGCUGAAACAUCCACCACUACUGAAUCAGUAUCAUCUACUAUGACAACAGGGUCCUCCACAACAACUUCUGUGGAAUCGUCUACUACUACCAUAGCAGUAACAUCUACUACAGCAACAGAAUCCUCCACAACAACUCCUGCUGAAACAUCCACCACUACUUCAGUUGUAACAUCUACUACACCAACAGAGUCCUCCACAACAACUCUUGAAGAAACAUCCACAACUACAGUAGAAUUAACAUCUAUUAUUAUAACAGAGCCCUCAACAACAACUCUUACAGAAACAUCCACCACUACUGCAGCAGAAACAUCUACAACAGCAACAAGCGAAUCAUCCACAACAACUGCUGCUGAAACAUCCACCAGUACUUCAACUGUAAUGUCUACUACAACAAGAGAGUCCUCAACAACAACUCUUGAAGAAACAACCACAACUGAAUACUCAACACUCACAACAACACCUGCUAAAACAUCCACUGCUACUGCAGCAGAAACAUCUACAACAACAGAGGCCUCCACAACAACUCCUGUGGAAACGACCAACUAGUACCAUAACAGUAACAUCUACAACAGCAACAGAAUCCUCAACAACAACUCCUGUUGAAACAUCAACCACUUC